AUGAAGCGUGGAUGGGGCGCGGCCUCCCACGAGGACCUUCUCCUCUGUCUGUUGGACUACUGCAAGCCCACCAAGGCAAUAGUGACAGAUAUUACGGAGCGAAUGAGAGUCAAGGGCUAUACAUACUCCUACGACGCCAUCAACCAACACAUUCAGAAGCUUCGCAAGAGCCGCGACAUGUCCCGCCUCAACGAGGGAGCAAACGGAGAUCCCAGCAGCAAGCCUACCACGCCCGUCAAGAGGACUGCGAGUGCUGCUUCUACGCCUCGAAAGCGCAAGGCGCCAAUCAAGAAGGCCAAGGGCAAGGUGGUCGAAGACGAGCAGUGUGAUGGUGAUGAGGAAGAGAGUUUCGAAGACCACAUGGCCAAGGUAAAGGCCGAGGCUGAUAUGGACGGUGAUCAACUCCUCAAAAAGAUCAAACAAGAAGCCAUUGCUUAA